CAGAAAGAGUAGCAUUACAACGUGUCAUGUGCGAUACUUGGAUAAUUAUUGUUAAUAUAUAAAGUAGCUAAAUCAAACGAUAUACUUUCGUACAUUCCAUCCUGAUUAUUGAGCUAGGAGGAUUUGUUGACCGCACGCCGUCCAGGACCUUUACAAUAGUCAGUCACAUAGCUUAGAUUUUGAUCCAUUUGGCCGCAACAGCAACAACACCGGGAGAUGUGUCAGGCAAACGUGCUUCACGGGACCGCGGUGGGGUUCUGACCCGCUGUUGAAUCCAGCUUAGCGGUUGUAAUAACGGUUGCUUUCAGCGGGGGAGUUUGACAUGUCUGUCGCAGUGGCCGGUGGAGGGGCGCAGUCUGCGGGGCUGGGCUCUGCCGCCGCGGGCUGCUGCUCCUCCUCGUCGGGCGCCGGUUCUGCCGCAUUAUUAAGCGGAGGAUCGAGCAUCGCGGGCCGGUUACCCAGCCGAGUUCUCGAGCAUAUGUUCUCCUAUCUGGAGCUGCCGGAUCUCAUGAACUGCUCGCUCGUUUGCUGGCACUGGUACAACUGUCUGGCGGAUGAAAACAGCGAGGUGUGGCGAAGUCUGUGCGCCCGCUUGCUCAGUGAAGAAGCGCUGCGCUCGGAUGUCCUCUGCAACCUGACUUCAUAUAAAGGAAAACUGAAGUCCUUCCAGCAUGCGCUGAGUUCCCAUGACUGCUCCAGGAAUGUAUAUAUAAAGAAAAACGGGUUUACUCUGCACCGCAACCCCAUCGCCCAAAGCACUGACGGUGCCCGUGGGAAGAUCGGCUUCUCGGAGGGCCGGCAUGCCUGGGAGAUCUGGUGGGAGGGUCCUCUUGGCACGGUGGCGGUGAUCGGCAUCGCGACCAAGAGGGCUCCCAUGCAGUGCCAGGGCUAUGUGGCACUUCUAGGCAGCGAUGACCAGAGCUGGGGUUGGAAUCUAGUAGACAAUAACCUGCUUCACAAUGGAGAGGUCAACGGCAACUUCCCCCAGUGCAACAACGCUCCAAAAUACCAGAUAGGGGAGAGAAUACGUGUAAUCCUAGACAUGGAUGAUAAGACACUAGCCUUUGAGCGAGGGUUUGAGUUCCUUGGAGUGGCUUUCCGGGGACUGCCCAAAACAUGCCUCUUUCCAGCUGUUUCUGCUGUCUAUGGGAACACUGAAGUGACUAUGGUGUAUCUGGGAAGACCUCUGGAUGGAUAAGUAGGAUCUCAGUGUCACUAUUACAACCGGAGAGCACCGUGGGAACUGCUGCUUGUCACUAAAAAAAAAAAAAAAAAAAAAGGAAAAUUUGUGGUUGGUGGCGGGGCUUGUUGAUGGUGAGGAUGUCCAACACACAUCUGCGGAUUUCAGCUGAACAUUUAUUAGUUUUUAAUCCUUUUUUAAGACCUGGGACAUUUUUUUAAAACCUGGUUUUAAUCUAAUUUAUGAAAUUGCACAGGGAGCAGCUGUUCUAUUUUAUGAAAUAGGUAAAACAAAAAGAUUAAGCCAAAAUAGAAGAGACAAGUGACAAAGUUUUAUAAUUCAUUACAAGCAUUUUACACACGCAUGGAAUGAGAAGUUACUGUAUGUAUACAAGGACGGCUCAAGCUUUCACUUAAAAAAGCAAAUUUACGUGUAGGUAAAUAUAACGAAGUAAACAUGCCAAAACGACGUACCAAUAUCUUACCGUUCUGUUUUUUCCAGAGCAGUUAUCUGCAUGCAGUAUACCAGUCUCUUCCUCUGUUUUUUUAUUAUUAUUUUUAAAGACAGGCAAAGGUAGUGUGUUGUUAUUUCGUUUGUUACUGUACAUCUUAACUGUAAUGUAUAAGUGUAUAGUAUUUAUUUAUUAAGGUCCAUCUUUGCAAUAACCAAGGUUAUGGAGACUGCAAAUAAACUCUAAAUUGUGCCAGACUGUGAA